GUAUUAAAAAUACAGGGUUUGCAAAUAUUUAUUUGUUUUAAUCUAUGACAAAUGUGAACAGAUUGCAGGAGCACACAUGGAGAUUUCAAUAAUAGAGGGGAGCCCCCACCCAGAUGAUGGCAGAAGCUCAUGGAAACUUCAGUUGCUGCGGUCAGUCCCAGCAGACAGACAGCAAGAGUGUGAGAAAACUCAGGAGCCAAGGGCAGCCUCUGUGUGGGUGAUCUGCCACAGACAUAGCCACUGCAGCAGCCAAUGCCACUGUGCAGGUGGCACACUAACCACUCAACUACUUUGAUAGAAGGGAUCCCUCAGACAAUGGCAGCUUUUGGAUUGAAAUCUUUCCUGGAUGAGGCUGGAUGUAAAGUUGUCUUCUAUUUACACAGAGUGGCCAGAGGGGUUACUCUCAGCACCACCUGCCUCCUCAGUGGCUUUCAGGCCACGAAACUUUGCCCCAGUAUCUCUGGGCGGAUGGAAAUCAAAAUUAAAUCUCCAAA